UGAUAAAACCAAUUCAAUCUCUGAUAUCACAUAUAUUUCUUCAGCACUUAUAGUGUGGUGAGAGAGAAAUUAAGGAAGAGCUAGCUUAAUUGAGUGCUGCUAAUUCUAUGGCUACCCUUGUUGCUCCAAACCAAAAAUCUCCGGUUGAAGACGUUGAGGCUCUACAUAAGGCUUUCAAAGGAUGGGGGACCGAUGAGAAAACCGUUAUUGCAAUACUGGGUCAUAGAAAUGUUCAUCAGAGGCAACAAAUCAGAAAGGUUUAUGAGGAAAUUUACCAAGAGAACCUCAUUAAACGCCUGGAGUCUGAGCUCUCUGGUGACUUUGAGAGAGCUGUGUACCGUUGGAUGCUGGAACCUGCAGAUCGUGAUGCUGUUUUGGCCAAUGUUGCCAUCAAGAAUGGCAGCAAAGGUUACCAUGUGAUUGUGGAAAUUGCUUGUGUGCUUUCAGCGGACGAGGUCUUGGCAGUGAAGCGUGCCUAUCACAACCGUUACAAGAGAUCUUUGGAAGAAGAUGUGGCUACUAACACCACUGGUGACAUUCGCCAGCUGUUGGUUGGGUUGGUGACAGCAUAUAGGUAUGAUGGUGAUGAGGUCAAUGCAAAAUUGGCCAAAACUGAAGCUGAUAUUCUUCAUGAAUCUAUCAAGGAGAAAAAGGGCAACCAUGAAGAAGCCAUCAGGAUCCUCACCACAAGGAGCAAGACACAACUUCUGGCAACUUUCAACCGCUACAGAGAUGACCAUGGCGCUUCCAUAACUAAGAAAUUGUUGGAUAAUGCAUCUACUGACUUCCAGAAGGCAUUGCACACUGCUAUUAGAUGUAUCAAUGACCACAAAAAGUACUAUGAAAAGGUUCUGCGCAAUGCGAUAAAAGGGGUUGGAACUGAUGAGGAUGCACUCACCCGUGUGGUGGUCUCAAGGGCUGAGAAGGACCUCAGGGACAUCAAAGAGCUUUAUUAUAAGAGAAAUAGUGUUCACCUUGAGGAUGCAGUGGCCAAGGAAAUCUCAGGGGACUACAAGAAAUUCAUCCUCACUCUGUUGGGGAAGGAAGAUUGAAGUGAUUGCUCUAGCCAAGGACAUGUCUUUAGUUUGCUUAUGUUGGAUUCGUGUGCUGUGAUUUGGUUAAUUUCCCUAUUUAGAGUGUGUUUUUUAUGAGUUCUGUAUCUUUGUUGUGAGAGUGUGUACUUCUGUUUUAAAUUACUGUUGUUGAUAUUUGAUUAGUAUAAUAAACUUUAAAUAUGUAAUUAAGGUCUGGUUUUCUUAUAAUAGUCUUUUAAAAUUUCCUAA